CGCGCACCCAGCCUCCUAAUGGGGUACAUCGGCUCCCAGCUAAUCGGCGGUCUCUACACCACCCUAGCCUUCGACGAGCGCUGCGCCAAGAUAGCGUAUUUAAUCCACGCGCCCCUCUGGCCUGCCGUCUUUUGGUUCACGGUAGGAUUCUGGCCAAAGGUGCAGGUGGCGAUUACCGUUGGGUGGAGCGUGGGCUUAUGGUUUAUCUGGCACGGAAGGUUUCUCCGCUUCUUUAUCCUGUACAUCGGGCUACUCUCCCUCUUUUACGUGCUGUGGGACGUCGUCGACGACUUCUUCUUCCACAAGGAGAACGAAUCAGACGCCAGCCUGCUGCAUCGCUUGGUGCCGGGCGUUAAGCCAGGAGUCUGGGCGCUCAUCUUCCUCCUCACAGCCAGCAUAACCCUAGGCUGCUCAAUCCUGGCUGGUCUGCACUUCUUUCGCGGCCCAGACAUCCAUACGCCUUCGCAGCAUUUCCUGCCCACCUGA